AUGCCUGUGUUUCCAAACAUUGCACAAAACUUUAGCAACAGUCAAUGGCUAUGUGAGCAAGCCAUGUUAGCUCCAUGUAAUGAUGCUGUCAACAAAAUCAAUUGGGAUCUCUUGCAGCUGUUGCUAGAACAAGAACAGUCUUUUAAAUCCAUCAACACUGUCAUUGAUCAGGACCAAGCUGUAGUUUCUCCAACUGAAUUCUUGAACUCUCUACAGCCAUCUGGGAUGCCACCUCACAACUUAACACUUAAAAAGGGGGCCUCAAUCAUGCUACUCGGGAAUUUGGAUCCAUCUCACCUGUGCAAUGGCACCAGACUGGUGGUGAAAGUGAUGCAACUCCAUGUCCUAGAGGCAGCAAUUAUCACUGGGAAAUAUAAUGGUGAGGAUGUCUUCAUUCCAUAG